AUGGAAUUACAACUCACCAGAGAGACCGUGGACCUGCUACUCUCACCGCGCUGCGACGUUUCCACUGACGCCAACUUGGAUUACAUGCUCAAUAUGACUUUCGAGGAACUAAACGGGGAAUAUUCUCAAGAAAGGAUGGAUUCGGUGGCGAAAGCUCUGGAGGAAGUGCUCACGGCGGCGUUGCCACAGGGCUGCAUCACUGUUGGCGUCUAUGAAGCUGCAAAGUCGCUCAAUGUAGACCCAGACAACGUGGUCCUGUGCAUCCUGGCCACGGACGGGGAGGACGUGAAGGACGUGGCUCUGCAGAUCCACUUCACUCUGAUCCAGGCCUUCUGCUGCGAGAACCACAUCAACAUCCUGCGAGUGAACAACACGCGGCGUCUGGCCCAGAUCCUGUGCGGAGCAGGGGGAGGCGGGGGAGGAGGAGGGGAGAGGAGGCCCGGGGGAGGCGAGCCCAUGGACCCACACUGCGUCCUGGUCACGAGUCCGCCUUCGAACUCGUGGAAGGACCCGGCUCUGAGCAAAGUCAACCGCUUCUGCCGAGAGAGCCGCUGCAUGGAUCAGUGGGUUCCCAUCAUCAACCUGCCCGACCGGUCACGCUGCCCCCGGUGGCCUCUGUGCCACCUCACAACAAUGACCCCUCCACCCCCCGCCCCCAGUGACCCCCCUAACCCCCCCAAGCCCCCUCCUGCUGGGAUUCUGCUGCGCUCAGCGGUUCUGCUCAGCUCAAAACCACAGAGGAAAAAACUGAUCCAGGACUGA